GGUGAAUAUAGAUCCACAAUAGUGAAUGCAACUUGAUAACGAGCAAUUUCAAUUCAAUUGUCUUAAAAUUUCUAAUCUUUUAGUUUAGUUGUCUUGGAAUUAAGUAAAACAUUUGAUGUAACCGAUAGCUUAAUCGUCUUUAGUUUUAAGUUUCUCUUUUAUGAAGGACGCGGUGAGGCACAAAUAUGAAUAGCGGAGGGCAGAAGGUCCCGACUCCUCCGGAGUGUGCGCUGGCAGCAGAGAUGUUUGAUCAUUUCUGCUCAGCGGGCACUAUGAAACAGAUUUUAACAUUACACAGAGAAAUUUGUGAUACUCUUAACUUGAAGCCCAACAGAUUGCCUGAUUUUUAUCCUAAAUUGAAGGCGAAGCUAGCUAGUUCGUGGAAGGCGCAGGCGCUUUUCAAAAAGUUUGACGCUCGCGCCAAUCACAAGGUGUACGCCAAGGGUCGGGCCUGCAGUCAGAAUAAGGUGCUUCUGAUUGGGGCGGGUCCAUGUGGACUACGGGCGGCCAUAGAAUGUCAACUGCUUGGCGCUAAAGUCGUCGUUAUAGAAAAACGCGAUCGCUUCUCCCGGAACAACGUGUUACAUCUGUGGCCGUUUGUGAUACACGACCUGCGAGCUUUGGGUGCUAAGAAGUUCUUCGGCAAGUUCUGCGCUGGUGCCAUAGACCAUAUAAGCAUUAGACAGUUACAGUGCAUACUCAUGAAGGUAUCUCUUUUGCUUGGUGUUGAAAUUCACGAAGGUGUCAGUUUCGAAGAGCUCUUGGAGCCGACUGGAACAGAGUCAUCAGCGACUUUGGGUUGGCGAGCGCGUGUCGAUCCAGCGGAGCACCCUGUAUCUCAGUACGAAUUUGAUGCUCUCAUAGGCGCUGACGGCAAACGGAACACCCUUCAGGGUUUCAAACGGAAGGAGUUCCGUGGGAAGCUGGCUAUGGCUAUCACAGCCAACUUCAUUAACAGACACACGGAACAGGAGGCGUCUGUGCCGGAAAUAAGCGGCGUGGCAUUCAUAUUCAACCAGAAGUUCUUCAAGGAGUUGUACGAAGUGACUAGAAUAGAUCUCGAGAACAUUGUGUACUACAAAGACGACACGCAUUACUUCGUCAUGACAGCGAAGAAACACAGCCUCCUAGAGAAGGGUGUCUUAGUGAAUGAUUUCGCGGACGUGACUCGUCUACUGUCAGUUGAGAAUGUGGACCGUUCUUCCCUGAUGAAGUACGCACAGGAAGCUGCUCGCUUCUCGACCGAUGGUAGACUUCCUCUCAAAGACUUCGCCCUCAACCAUUACGGGGAACCGGAUGUGGCUCUAUUUGACUUCACUUCCAUGUACGCUGCUGAGAACGCUAGCAUUGUGUACGAGCGUCACGGCAGGCGGUUGCUCUGCCAGCUGGUUGGAGACAGUCUCCUGGAGCCGUUCUGGCCGACUGGUUCGGGGUGCGCUCGUGGCUUCCUAUCGGCUCUAGACGCCGCGUGGGCCGUGAGAACCUGGGGCCAUACGCCACAACCUCACCCACUUCAGGUUAUAGCUGAACGGGAAUCCAUAUACAGGUUGCUCGCUCAAACGACCCCAGAGAACUUGCAUCGAGAUUUCGGCGCGUACACACUAGACCCGGGUACGAGAUACCCGAACUUGAAUCGCACGGCAGUCACACCUCAUAGGGUUACAUCAUUCUACGACUCAGACGAUCCCCUUCCAUUGGACGCAGCGAACAGUGCGAGGAAGAGGCGCAGAGAGCCAGAGAUAUCUGAAGAUGCAUUGCUGUCGUGGGUGAAACACUUCGAACCCGGCAUCCGAGCUGCCGUAGGUCCCGUGUCUCUGUGCAACCUCCUGAGGCGUUACAGACCCGACCUGAUGCCCCCAGAUACUCCACCGCGAUUGGUAUAUCAAAUACUGCAACAGGAAUUCGGUAUCUCACCGCUAGCAGCGAAUGGCCCCACAAGAGAGACGCCCGACGCCAAACUGCGGAGCUAUCUACUGCGAGUGUAUCACGCUUUCAAAGGCGAAGUACCGCAUAUUUAUCACAAGACCGACAUGUUCAGACAGAUUAAACAAAGUCAGCAGAAAGAAAAUAUCCUUAACACAGUCGACCAUCCAGUGUCUGCUUAUACGAACACAGCAGAGGCUGAGAAAUCACACUCCAGUCACAGAAAGAAACGACGCUCGCUUCGAUCACAAGUAAGUAACGAUCCAGCAGAGUAUAUAAGGAAAAAAAUUGAAAAGCUAGAUCUUAACAAUAUCACACACCUGGCGCGGCUCAUCGAAGGGCAUGAUACGACGCUGGACAGCGAAAAGCACUCGGCCAAGCAGAGAGAAAUUCAGGAACAAAUUAUAUCGUUGUUGGAUCCAGAGGAAUCACCGGAUCCUAAAAUGUUAAGGGAUUCCUUGGCACAGCUAUUAGCAGGCACCGCUAAGACCAAGGUCAAAUCCAAGGGAGCCAACCAACCCUUGAACUCUUACUUCAAAAAUAAACCAGUUGAUAAAACCAAGGCCAAACCUCCUCGCAAACUGAAAGGACUAGACGAGAAUACAAUAAAAUAUACAGAUUUCUCGACCGUUUUCGACGAUGAUUCUGCUAAUACUGAUGCGACUAUUGUUGAAACAACGAAACGUGAGAAGAAAAAAGAUUUAUCUGGAACAGCUUCUCACAAGAAGAUGGUUCGCGCUUCUUCCACAGAAGGCUUCGUACCGCAAACGAGAAGAAUGUCCGAAGUGGCGGAAAUGCAGAGAAGAAGAUUUUCACAGAGCCCGGAAGUUGCAGCACGUUAUGGACGGUCGAAUUCGUUGGGUUCACCGGAAAUGGCGUUAAGUGCUAAACGGAUGGCAAAGUUGUUUGAGGAUAAAAAGCGAGAUACCCCUAGUCCAGAGAGUGGUGUAGUUCGCUCCAGGCUAGUCGAUAACCCUGACAUGGUGCUCCGUUUGCAAAGAAUGACAGAUAUAAUCGAAGGUAAACGCUGCUAUACACCCAGCCCAGACCGGAGCAAACGAUCCCAAUCCAUUGGUAAUCCGGAAAUGGCCUUACGAAGGCAGCGUGUGGUAGAUCUGAUAGAAGGCGCCAACAAACCGCGUCAGAGCCCCGAACGUAGUUUUCAGAGAAGAAAUUCAGGUGAACUGCCGUUCAGGCUGCAAAGAGUGUCCGAUAUGAUGGAUAAGAGAAACGCUGAUUCAAAACGCCCGAAGAGCGGAGGCAAACGGAAAGCCGCCCGCGAGAUUAUGAGGCAGCGUUUCGAAAAGAGUUUACAAAUGCUAGCAGCGGAGCCGAGGCUCGACUUCGCAUCAUCAGCUGAUUUGGAGAACGACUACGGCCUGCAACAGUACAGGGCGAGCGCCCCACAGUUUGACGAACGUGUCAAAAAAUUGGAAAAGAAAUUGCAACACUAUGAGGAGGGGCGUGUUGUCGGUGGGGGCGCUAGGACAGUGGGCGGCGGCGCACGUGUUGCUAGACUGGCAGCUGAGUUGUCGAACACCUCUUCGGGGGGCGCCGUCCCUAAAGCAUCGAAACCGAAGGAUUUGAUGAGAUCGGUUGGGAAAAUAGAAAGAGACGACUGGAAUGUAAAGGAAAUAGAGCGGAAGAUCAUGGAAAACAGGCUCGGUCGCCCUGAGCCUAAGACGGCAGAAAAAGUUCCGAAAUGGGACAGAGAACAGUUUCUUGGGCGACAACGACGUCUAAAAGAAGGUGACAGCAACGAGGAGAAGUGGGGUGAGAUCGAUGAGACGCUUCACAAACUGGACCAGAAACUACGCGAUUCCGGACGACCUGAUCAUGGAACGAAAAAGGUGGCGAACCUAGCGACGAAAUUCAUAAAGAAAGACGAACCCGAAACGUCGAAGACCUCGCCCAAAGAAGAGUUGAAGCGCACGUGGCGCGGUCCGUCUAGUGCUGGCAUGCAGUGCGCGUCUUGCGGCACCCGAGUGUUCGCUGCCGAGGCGGUGACAGCUGAUGGGCUACAUCUUCACAGAUCCUGUUUCCGCUGUGCCGUCUGUAAAGCCGUACUCCGACCAGGGAACUACACUAUGGAGCGCUACGGCAGCAGGCUGGUGUGUCUGCGACAUUCUGGCGUUAGUGUUCCCGAUUCUCUGUCUACGAAGGUCACUCGCCUCGAUACACUCGCGACUCCCGAGAGGAUCAGUCUUGAGAUGUCUGAUGGAGGAGCCAGGGAGAUUGACGAAGACGAAUGGACAGACAGAAAUUUCCUAGCCUCAGAGACAUCCGGCGCAGGUGGAUUGAGUGACGAAGAGGACUCGAGUUCGGAGGAGUUCACGGACGCCAUGUGUUCCGAGGAGGCUGACGACUCACCGGAACCCGAGUUACAGAACACUCGCCCAGCUCAAACACACCUAUACUUCUCGGAUGACUCAUUCGGUUAUGAUGACUAUUCCGAAGAGGGCGCCGUGUCAUCCGGUAACGAGUCUUGCUCCCGUAUGCGAGCGGCUCGCGAGGCGCGCCGCCGUGAGGUGCCAGCGGAGCCCCGGCCUCCGACCUACAGCAGCGAGAUGGAGUCUGAGGAAGAUAGUGAGAGUAGUGAGGAUGAGGUUUCAUCAGCCACCGAGGUGUCUACGGACAGCGAGUUCGCUCGUGAGGAGUGCGCGCCCGCUACCACCCCGCCCGCUAUACUCGUCACGGAGGCGGCACCUGUCGCACCCGUCGCUGCCCCCGCACCUAUAGCACCCGUGGCACCCACCGCUCCUCAGGACUAUCCUCUGAGCCGCACGAGAUCAGCCGGCGGCUUGGCCACCAAGCGGGCCCUGGAACUAAAGAGGAAGUAUCUCCUCGGCGAACCCUCGCCACCGUCUGUCAAGAAAUCGGACUCCACCUCGCAGCUGGACACCAAGCUAGAAGCUUUCCGCUGUAACAUAACGGAAUUCCAAAAACUACUAAACCCAGCACCGAUUCAACCGGUAACUGAACAAAUAUCAGUGACAAUGCAAAUGGCAACAACGCAGUCGAACGAGGAACCAGAAUCCGAUCAAUCGCUACCAGCGAAAAUAACACAAGAACCUGAAGAUAUCGCCUCUCAGAAGGAUCGUAACACGUCGCCAAUAGAAUUAGUGCCUCCCAAACCCAUACGCACUUUACGGGUUACGACGGGUUACAAGAAGGUUCCGAUGCCAGAUAUAAUAAGUAACUUGUUCCCAGAUGCGCCGCUAGAUUUAUUAGAGCAAGGCCUCUCGCCAUUCUACGAUCCAGUGCUGCCAGCCGAGGAAGGAAACAGCAAUCUGGACCAUCUGGGAAUAGACUCUGAUUCACUGUCAGAAGACGAUUCCUCGAUAAAUCAGAGGUUAUCAAACCAAUCAGUUCCGAGAGUCGAAGUGCAUGACGAGGGUGGGGAAUUGAUUCAAUUAGAUAGUCUAACAAUAGCGAAUAAUAUUAAUGAUAGCAAAGAUGAUAAAAUAAUAGAAGCAACAAAUACAACAGCGCUUUCCGCUGUCUGCGUUGAUUCUGAAUCCUCGGACUCGAAUAAGGAUGUGACGACGCUGGCCCUCACGGAGACUGAACUUUCAGACUGGGCAGCGGAAAGCGCUGUAUUGGAUGAAUGUGGAUUCGAAGAAAAAGACGAUAGGAAGAGAAAUAAAAAUCCCCGAACGCUGAGUGAGCCCAAGAUGGUCCACGAAACUAAGAACAUAUCGGCCAUAGCAUCUCAUAUCUGUGGUAAGACGAGUCCCACGGAGCAUAUCGUGUUCUCAAACGCCCUGGAGCAUUUCGAAUUCGCAGACGAAGGGGACCAGGAUCCGUCUAUAGAGUCACCGGCUACACCAAAAAACGAAGGGUACAUGGAACUGGUCGACGAUUACUACGGCCACUACUCCCCGACAAACGACAGAUCGAUGAAUUUCAUAGAGAGAACAUUCUCUGAAACAACCAUCAAACCGACAGUAUUAGAAAACGAAGAGGUCGAAGUCACAAACGACAACGACGAGAUAAAAUUCAUAGACGAUCAAGAUUCAAAGAGUGACGCCGUAUCAAAAAACGACAGCCUUAAAUCGACCGGGGAAUUCAGGAAACUAUUCGGAGAUUCCCCGUCACACUCAAUGAGCAAUGGCAACGGCAAUGAAGACGAAAUUUCCGUGGGCAAAACCGAACAUUUGAGUGCUGUUAUAAAAGAAGACAACAAUUCGCCGCAAACAAUAAGCGACUCUGUCAGUAUAUCGGACAUAUCACCGCCAUUAGAAAACGACGAUUUGGCCACUAAAACUAGUGCAUGUAAAAGCGAGAAUUCGAACGACAAGGCUUCGCUGGAAGACAUUUCACCGCCGCUGGCGUCAGAGAAAUCGAAAUCACACAAUAGUUUGUUAUACCAGAAGGCGCAGAAACCUAUAACGUUCGCGAGCCCGUGCAGUAUAAGACUGUACGCGCCGGCGAUAUGCAGAUCAGCUAGCGAAACAUUCGGUAGGUUGAGUAAGAACGGGAAUGUGUCACCGCGGUACAACGACUGGGGUCCGUCGUGUCACGUGAGCCCCGGCUCGAUAUCACCAGGCAGCGGGACCUCUGUGUUGGGGCCCGACUCUGUGGACAGGAUCCAGGUGAUACAGAAGGAGAGGCAGGAGCAGACGGACCUUGUGAAGCGGCUGGUGUUGGAGCGGCUGGGAAACGGACAGCGUGUCAUUCGCAAGACGGCCAGGAGGCAGCGAAUGUCGCCCGUCUGCAGCGCCCCGCCGCCCGUGCCGCCCCCACCCGUCCUAGCCACGCCACCAUCUCCGCCCCCGCCGCCUCGGCCCCGUCCCCCGCCAGCCGCGCUCAUGUCGCUACCGGUCGUAUCCUCCUUCUCAGAUCCAGACUUAACUCAAGAUCGGAGGAGGAAAGGUAUUAUGAGAAGCAUUUCGAAUUAUUUCAACCGGCGCCUCGGACCUCGGCAUAAGUGUGUCUCGGAGCCGGACCUGACGACGCACGAAGUUGGCGAGUCGCACAAGUCGACAGGGGCCUUCGCCCCGCCGGUGCCUCCGCCCCCCGCGGUCUAUAGCCCGAGCCCGGCGCCGCCAGUAGUGUUGACGUCGUCGUCGAGGGAGGAUGGCGGGUGCGACCCCGAUCCAGUGGAGCGGGACGCGAUGCAGCUGUGGUUUGAAGCGCGGUGGGCUCGGCUCGUGGCUCAGAGACGAGCCCGCGAGUCCUCCCCCGACGAGCCCUCCGCCCGCCGCCUCGCCAGAUUACAGAAAAGGCUAUCAAGACCGUUACCCGCGGAGGAACAGGCAGCGACUGUGGCUGAACUGGUCCAAGUUUCCGCUCAGCGAGACGCGCACCGAGCUCUGAUGGCGGCCGAUAGGAGAAGAACUUCAUCGAGGAACAGAGCUGGCGAUUAGAAGAAUUCCAAGGUGACCCAUCGCAUCACAGAGUUAUGAGUGUUAACGGACAGCCACAACACACUCAACAGACGAACAAUAAAAACAUAUAUAGUAUUUUUAUUAUUGACACAGCUUCAAUAAUAUUAUCAAUCUAUGAGUAUUAUGUGUGAGGUAGCAAUGAGCUGAACGUGCUAUGAGCUCACAGGGCAGAGAACAUUUCAUUUAUUGUGUCAGCAAUAACUUGUUAAUUGAAUUUGACAUUUUGUAUUUUUUUUUUUUGUAAUCAGUGAUAUAGUCUGUAUGCAUCAUUAAUAUAUAUAAAUUGUGAGAUAUAUUAAAUAGUUUUGCUCUCUUUAUAUAAUUUGUAAUAUAUAUAUAUAUAUAUAUCAUUAAUUGGAAAUUUUUCUUAAAAAUAUAUAUAUAUAAAAUUGGCCUAACAUUUAAACAUAGUGUAAUGUUCAAUAGAGAGAGAUGAAUCGAGACUACAAAUUAUAAUUGUCUGGAAUUGUUGUUUUUUUUUUAAUUAAUAUGAUUUUGUAUACCAUAAUGUUCUAAUACAGAUGCGGUUGAAUGACCUCGAAACUUGAUAGGGAUAUAGUAAAAGCCUUGUCGUCAUAUAUAAAAAUAUUCUAAAAGAUUUAUUCGGUUAAAUGCAUUGAGAGAUAUGAUUGUUAAUAUUUUUUUUUUUUUGCUAAAACGUCCCAAAAUAUGGUGUGCUAGAUGAGCCAAAUGUUUAUAGUAAAUAUUUAUAUGUAUAUGUUAGUUUGUAAUGUAUGUAGGGAUCGUUCUAUUUCAAUGGUGCCCCUCUAUGGACGCUUCUAGAAGGUGUUAAAAUUAAGUUCUUGUGAGUAUUUUUUUUGUAAUAUCUUAAGAUCUAACAUUGCUUAUUUUUCUUAUUUUUUUUUACUAAAUUUUUUUGGUACUGACGUGACGGAAAAAUCGAUAGUUACUUCAUAGUCAUUGAUGUGGAAAUCGCAGUUUUAGAAAUAAGGAAAUUGGAAUAUUUAAAAUUUUAUUAUCUUAUUAAUGUUAAAUGUACGUUAAAUAAUGUGCUUUUUCAUAGUUAAGAUAGUGCCAAUACAAACAAAUUAUAUAUAUUUAGUAAAUUAAAUGAGAUGUUGUCAUAUAAUCAGUAUAUCUGUCUGUCAGUCUGUUCGAUACAAACUCCUUACUGGUUUCCUCUAUCGUACUUAAUACGCAGCGUUACGAGUUCUAUAUUUAAACAGGACACGCUACGUAUUAGGUUCGAUACGGACUUGUGCUAAGUUUAUUGACAUAUAUUUAUAAAUGCUUGUUGAGAAAUUGAUAAUAAUAAUAAUAAUAGUAAUAAAAAUAUGUUCCACACGGAUUUAUAUAACAAACAGGGAAUGUCAAUUGUAUUAUAGUAUUAUUAUCGUUAAAUUAAUUUUGUGAACACGCUGUAUCAAUGUGAUAAUUUUUUUUCCGUCAAUACAAACUAAUAAAUUUGGAGCUCGCUCUCAUGAAACCCAAAUAUAUUUAGUUGUAAGAGAAAAUAAUUGUAUAAAUUAUAUUAUAUAUAUAUUUUUGUAUUAACGUACGUCCGUAGUGUCUGUCGCAGACUAGUCCGCUUGUUCCGUACUUGUCGUGUUACGUGAUGCGAUCUUUAUUCAUACUAAGGGUUUGGUUCGUUGAACUGAAUACGGGAGCGUAUGUGGUAUUUAAAUAACAACACUGUCGCGUUUGAAUAUUUGUGAGUAAAAAACUGAAUACUCUCCGUAUGCAGUUCAACAAUUCACACUUGUGAUAAGGUGAUUGUUCUAGGGAAAUUACUAGACGACAAUCGAAAGGGACUUCUGUAUUCUUCUAACUAACUAUUUGUCGCUAACUCACGGACAGAUUAUAAUUACGUCCGCAAUUCCUUGUGUUUUUUUCAUUGUAUUAUUAUAAUUUUACUAAAAAAAAUAUUACAUAUAUUUCUUCUUUUAUAUUGUUUUUUAUACUUAACAUAUUAUGUAUGGUAAAUCUGAAUAUCAUAUGUAUUAUCGGUGUGUGGGUGUAUUUCGGAUCCAUUUCAUGGUUACGUUUGUGCUGAAUCGUUGCUUUAUCAAUAUAUAUAUAUAUAUAUAUAUAUAUAUAUAUAUAUAUAUGUAUAUGUAUAUAUAUAUAUAUUUAUAUUUUUUUUACAAUAAACUUUAACUAUUUACCUCUGGAUGUCACAAUUACUUGUAAUCAUGUAUUUUUUUGAGAUUAUUUUUUCUUGUCCUGUUUUUUUACAAUUCUAGUACAAUUUCGUCUGCAUUUUAGGUUGUCAAGCGACUUGUCACUGUCACUUUGACUUAAGUGUAUUCCUUUUUUUUUUAAUUUUCUUUCUCCAUGGUUGUAGUUUAAUUUCUUACGUGCUUACUCACAAAUGAGGCUUCGCAUGUGACGUUAUUUCAAACAGUAUACAUAACUUUAGCCAAUGUAUUUCUUGUUCAUACAAUAGACAAAUUAAAUGUAAUAAAAAAAAUA